UCCCAAUUGGAAGAGGAAGAAGUCCGUUGAUGAUUUUCUGACGAUUUGAAGUUUCGUUCAUGACUGUGUUUUCGUGAUGGAUGUGAUCAAUAAGUUGUACUCAUCUGUAAGCAGUACGGUGUCAAGUGUUCUGCCUGGAAAUCCCGUCACCCGCGAAUAUGAAGUUGUCGAGGAUGUUGGCAGUGCAGGCAUAGGUCUGCAAUGGAAAAUCUACAAGGGAUACAAGAAAACAACAAAUCAGGAAGUAUCGGUGUUUGUAUUCGAAAAGAAACAACUGGAACGAUGGUCAAAGGACGACCGCGACACAAUGUGCGACAUUCUGAAACGGGGCGUGCAACAACUGACGAAGAUCCGACACCCACACGUCCUGACAGUCCAGCAUCCGUUGGAGGAAAGUCGUGAGAGUUUGGCAUUUGCGGCCGAGCCGGUGGUGUUCAGUCUGGCGAAUGUCCUAAGCUGCGGGAGCUCGAGCACUAAUAGUGGGUCUCGACCGAAGAAACUGAAAGAUUUUGAACUGCAUGAAGUCGAGAUCAAGAAGGGACUUCUCCAAAUCGCAGAAGGCCUGCGCUUCCUACACUCAGACAUGAAGCUGGUGCAUCGGAACCUAUGUCCAGAGUCGAUAAUCAUCAACAAGCAAGGCAGCUGGAAGAUCUUCGGUUUCGACUUCUCCAUUGUGGGCAAGCCGAACGAGUACGGCAUCUACUCUUGGCGGUACCUGGAGUACAACUCGACCAUGCACGCCCUCACGCAACCCUACCUGGAGUACUCAGCGCCGGAGAUAGCAUUGACGUCGGAGAACACCCCAGCAUCGGACAAAUUUGCAUUCGGUGUUUUGAUAUAUGCCAUUUUCUCAGAAGGAAAACCGAUCAAAUUAUUCGGAAAAGACUACAAUUCAUUUAGAAGAUUCGCCUACGAGCUGAAGGACGGCAAGUAUCCAAGUUUGCAUUGUAUUCCCAAAGGCCUAUUGGAUUUUGUCCGUGGACUUCUCCUGAUCGACUCAGCAAAUCGAUCAAAAUUGCAUCAGCUUCCAAAGAUCGCGUAUUUCGAAGAUGUUGGUGUUAAAACGCUUAAUGAUUUGGCCUCGAUCUACCAAUGGGACAAUCUACAGAAAUCUGUUUUCUACAAAAGUUUGACACAAAUCAUACCAACAUUCCCGCAUAGGAUCAAUCUGCAGCACAUUAUACCGUGCCUAAUUCAGGAAUUUAUUAACCCUGCCAUGGUACCAUUUGUCCUACCAAACGUCCUUCUGAUAGCCGAAAAUUGCAACAAAGACGAUUUCGUUGAACAAAUUCUACCUAGUCUAAAACCUGUGAUGAAAAUACAAGACCCAAUCCAAAUUCUACUAAUUUUUAUGAAGAAAAUGGAUUUACUUCUCAAACUCACUCCCACUGAAGAUAUCAAGUCAAAUGUUCUGCCCAUGCUUUAUCGCGCACUAGAAAGCAAUGUACCGCAGAUGCAAGAGCUAUGCUUAGGCAUUCUGCCGACAUUUUCGUCGAUGCUUGAUUAUCACGCGACGAAAAACGCUCUGUUGCCUCGAAUAAAGAAGCUUUGCCUGAACAGUCCAACUAUUUCGGUGAAAGUGAAUGCACUUAUCUGUAUCGGGAAAAUGCUGGAUAAUUUCGAUAAGUGGCUGGUGUUGGAUGAAAUUAUUCCGUUUCUGUCGCAAAUUGAUAGUCGAGAGCCAGCCGUUCUUAUGGCGAUAAUCGGAAUAUAUAAAAUCACGAUGACAAACAGUAAAUUAGGGAUCACAAAAGAAGUGAUGGCGACUAAGAUUAUUCCGUUUCUAAUGCCCCUGUGCAUUGACAAUGGUCUGAAUGUAACUCAAUUCAACACAAUCAUUAAUUUAGUGAAAGAAAUGGUGAACCGUGUUGAAUCAGAACAUCGCAAAAAGCUGGAACAGCUUAGUACGAUAAAUCGUGACGUUAGUAUUGAAAGCAUAACGCAAAACACCGCAGAGGACAUCUUCAAAGUGUCGAAUAGCGCGUCAGCUAAACCCUUGUCGGAAAUACCAACUCCCAAACCAACACCAGCUCCGGUGGCCAAAGUGGAAGCAAAACCACAAACACAAAAACCAAAACCGAUGCCUGAUCUAUUCCAAUCGAAUAUAAACCAAAUGAGAUCAAACCCCGCAUCAAAUUUCCCAGCAGACAUGCAAUUGGCAAAUCGUAACAAUAACAUGAUAUCGCCUCCAUCAAAUGCAAAUCUCCUUCCAAAGCCAACUGGACCACAAUUUAAUAAUUCCUUCAUGUCGAAUAUGCAAACUCCGAAUCCCUGGGCAUCAUCAAACACAUCGUCAUUAAAUAAUGCAGCAUUCAUCAUGAACAAUGCGAACAACAAUAACAACGGAAUGAGCUCAUUAAGCCUACUUGAUCCACUACUGGGUUCUCGCAAACCGGGCGUCCCAAUGAAUCAAAUGAAAAAGGACACAAAUGUGAUAAAUACUCCCCUACUGCAGCCACAAAAUCCGAAGGCUGAGCAUACCGGAAAUCAUAUAAAUUUGCUGUCACAGCAAGAUAUUUUAGACUUUUUAAAUUAAAUUAAAAUUUUGAUUAGAAACUGUUUAUAAAAUCUUAUCGUUGAUUUAGAUAGUUCGUAUAAGGACAUUUUCUAGAAGUAUAGGACCGAGUGGAGUAGAUUUUGUAAGAGAUUAUUGCUUGGAAUUUUCUUAUCAGUGGACAUAUAUAAUCUCGUAAGUAUAGGGAUGGAACCAUAUCAAGUUACAAAGCAUUCAUUCCCUAUCUCGUCGAUGUUCAACUCCUUCUUAAGUUGAGCACCCCAAAGAAGGGCUGAAAAUUGAAUGGAAAUCUUUUGAGAUUUGAUAUUUGGUUAAUAAAAUUAAUUGGAAAUUGUAAUAUAAAGCAUCAUUUCAAUUGUAUUUUCUUAAAGUUCUAUAGCCAUUUCUGUGCGAACUUUAUGAAAGACGGUCAAAUGCCUUACAUUGCAUUUAAGAGUCAUUUGGGCUGUAACAUCUUGUUUUCUGUUUGCUCUUGCAAUUAUUAUUAAAUGGACAUUAGUCUACAAUGAAGCGAAAGCUUUUUUCAAAUAAUAAAAAUUCGGCUUAAGGAUAAAUAAGAUUAGGACAUAAUUUCGACUGAAUAUUUUAGAUAGCUCCAUUCUAAUAUGCAAUAAUAAAUAUAAUGUAUCAUUUCCAAAUAUUCUCAGUAUUUGUUUGGCUAGUGAUACGAAUCACUGUGUAACCAUUCCAUUCGAUAUAGAAUAUCGUGUACUUACUUGUGUACUAACCUUACAUUGGUUGAAAUAUAUAA